GGUCCAGCACUAGGGACACAGACACGUGCGGUUUAAAUUUUAAUUUUUAUGUAGUUUAUAUUAUUAUUAAUUAUUACACAAAAUGCCGAAGACAAGUCAACAACCGCUGCUCUAUAUGGAGGAGUAUCGUGUCAAACAGGAUCCGCAGGAUUAUGGACUGGCCGAUGAGGUCUUCAACAUUGAUAUCUUCAAGCAGAAACUCAAAGUGACUAUUGUGCGCAAUGACGAGGAGGGACUAGAAUUCGAUUUAAUUGGCGUUUAUCCUGCCAUAGCGAAUGCCUUUCGACGAUUAAUGCUCAGCGAGGUGCCCAGCAUGGCCAUUGAGAAAGUCUAUAUUUACAACAAUACCUCAAUUAUCCAGGACGAAGUCUUGGCUCACCGCAUGGGCUUGUUACCACUAAAGGCCGAUCCACGACUCUUUACUUAUCGCACAGAAGAAAGCCCAGAAAACGGAACGGAACAGGAUACUUUGGAAUACGAAUUGAAAGUAAAGUGUACGAGACGCAAAGACGCCAGCAAAGACCAAUCUACAUUCGAUGAGAUUUAUAAGAAUCACAAAGUAUUCUCCGGUCACUUGAAAUGGCUGCCCAAGGGAAAGCAGGGACAGAUUUAUACAGAGAGCAGUGUGGGAUGCAUUCAUGAGGAUAUACUGAUAGCUCAAUUGCGGCCGGGCCAUGAGAUGGAUUUGCGUUUGAUUGCUGUGAAGGGCCUAGGCAAGGAUCAUGCGAAAUUUUCUCCUGUGGCCACCGCCUAUUAUCGCCUGCUACCUCUGAUCAAACUGAAUCGUGAAGUUUCUGGCAAGGAUGCUUAUUUGCUGCAAAGUUGCUUCUCGCCGGGAGUCAUCGGAAUCGAUGAGAACGAGAAUGCCUAUGUGAAAGAUGCCCGCUAUGAUAGCGGUAGUCGGAAUGUCUAUCGAUAUAGCCACUUGGCCGAUGCAGUAACUCUCGCCCGAGUAAGAGAUCAUUACAUCUUCACAGUGGAAUCUGUGGGGGCUCUCAAACCGGAGGUCAUUUUCAUUGAGGCUGUUAAAGUUUUGAAAAAGAAAUGCCGCUCAUUUAUUGAUGAAAUUGAAGCGGAAUAGUGGUCGUGUUUUUCAAUUUUUAUUAACUAUUAAUAAUAAUAAAUGGUAAGCUAAAUUAA